AAACUCCAGUGUCUGAGGCCGGACUAGCCCAGCGCUUCUGCCUACCUACAGGGAUUCCCUCUUCAACCAAUCCGGUCAGAGCAGUGGAGCUGCCCCUAACAAAGAUGGCGGGGGAGGCGUCAGUGAGGGCAGACUGAUCCGAACACCCAAACCCUCGGCGGACAGCGGAGCCAGUGGUAGCAGCGCGGCUCCAACCAUGGAAGAGGGCAGCAGCGCUGGCAGCGCUGGCAGUGACAGCCGCACCAGCGGGAGCGGCGGGGCGCAGCAAAGAGAGCUGGAGCGCAUGGCUGAGGUCUUGGUCACCGGGGAGCAGCUACGGCUCAGGCUGCAUGAAGAAAAGGUUAUUAAAGAUAGACGUCAUCAUCUCAAGACCUACCCAAACUGUUUUGUCGCAAAAGAACUGAUUGACUGGCUGAUUGAACACAAAGAGGCUUCCGACAGAGAGACGGCAAUUAAACUCAUGCAGAAAUUAGCAGACCGGGGCAUUAUUCACCAUGUGUGUGAUGAGCAUAAGGAAUUCAAGGAUGUCAAACUCUUCUACCGCUUUAGAAAGGAUGACGGCACCUUCCCAUUGGAUAACGAAGUGAAGGCCUUUAUGAGAGGACAGAGGCUGUAUGAAAAGCUGAUGAGCCCUGAAAACACACUUCUCCAGCCCAGGGAGGAGGAAGGGGUCAAGUAUGAGCGUACCUUCAUGGCAUCGGAAUUCCUGGACUGGCUGGUUCAGGAAGGUGAGGCCACUACGAGGAAAGAGGCAGAGCAGCUUUGCCACCGGCUGAUGGAGCAUGGCAUCAUCCAGCAUGUGUCCAACAAGCACCCAUUUGUGGACAGCAAUCUUCUCUACCAGUUCAGAAUGAACUUCCGGCGGAGGCGAAGACUAAUGGAGCUGCUCAAUGAAAAGUCCCCCUCCUCCCAGGAAACUCAUGACAGUCCCUUCUGCCUGAGGAAGCAGAGCCAUGACAAUCGGAAAUCUACCAGCUUUAUGUCAGUGAGCCCCAGCAAGGAGAUCAAGAUCGUGUCUGCCGUGAGGAGGAGCAGCAUGAGCAGCUGCGGCAGCAGCGGGUACUUCAGCAGCAGCCCCACCCUCAGCAGCAGCCCCCCUGUGCUCUGCAACCCCAAGUCUGUGCUAAAGAGACCCGUCACGUCUGAGGAACUCCUUACUCCCGGGGCUCCGUAUGCAAGGAAGACAUUCACGAUUGUUGGUGACGCAGUUGGCUGGGGUUUUGUGGUGCGAGGAAGUAAGCCAUGCCACAUCCAGGCUGUCGACCCCAGUGGCCCUGCAGCCGCAGCAGGAAUGAAGGUCUGUCAGUUUGUCGUUUCUGUCAAUGGGCUUAAUGUCUUGCACGUAGACUACCGGACCGUGAGCAAUCUGAUCCUGACGGGCCCACGGACAAUUGUCAUGGAAGUCAUGGAGGAGUUAGAGUGCUGAGUUCCUGGGCCUCCCAGCCCUCUAGCGGCCUGUGGGUGAUCGAAGCCAGAAUGACACAAAGCAAUGCAAUGAUGAGAUUUCCAUGCAAAUGGAUGGUUUCAGUCCUAUGAAUCUUCUCCGCACACACACAUCUAAAGUUGAGUUUUAUACACUGAAUGUGGAAGAACCGGGUAACAUAUCUUUUUAAUAAGAUGUCAGUGUAGAAAACAUUUGGGAAACAGAGUUUUCCUACAUGGUAGAAAUGCCUUACUAGAUUUCUGUUUGUAGGUCUUGUUUGUUGUUUUUUAUCUUAGUUUGCAGAAAGGUGUUGAAAUGCUUCUCUAGUCCAAACAGCAACAUGCUAAAGUCCCCUUCUCCAGAGUCAAUAGAGUAGUCGUUAAGGGUUUUUAAUUGUACUUUCUCCAAAAUUAGCACGGAUCUAUUUGACAAGGAAUCUAGAUGUCACCAAGAUUCAAACUGAAACAACAUCCAAAGGAAUAAGACCUGUUCACUAGCAUUUUCAAGGGGAUUCUAAAGCAUUCAAGUGCUUAAAAGCCAUAAAAAUUGAUUUCUCAAUUCCUGCCUUUAGUGUCAACUUUUAAGUUAGUACAGGUUUCAAUUGUGGCAUUAGCUAAAACAAAAACACAACAAAAAACGAAAAAAACAAAAACUGGGUGAUGCUAUGGGCGAGGGUAGAUAGGGAGAGACUGCACAAAAUUGUCCCUAUUUUCUGUCUGAGCCUAAAAUCAUUUUGUUUUAUAAAUCAGGUAUAUUAGCUUUCUAGAUUUAAUCUUGAAUAUGUUGAAUGUUAAAACAGAGAAGUUUGUAUAUACACGUCAUUAAAAAAAUCAACCCUUCUGGCAAGAUUUCACUUUGAAGGUGUCUGUUUUUAAGCGAAGUCUAAAACUUUGCUGAUAUGUGAUAAAACUUGAACUCUAGAUUGCCUCCUUAGCCUGAAUUUUUACUAGCUUUCUAGUGUAACAUAUUCUAAGGACAUGACAUGCUGCUUAUUUGGGGGAAUUGUUUUUCACCAAAAUGACCAUCUUGCAUUGUAACUUUUUAGCUCACUUGUAUAUAUGCAUGUUUUCAUUUUUGGUCUAGAAAAUAGUACAUUUCGGGGCUUGGUGUGCAGAGGAAAUUCCUCGAAGUGCCAAAUUAGGGAGUUAGGCAAUACUAAAUUCUUCAUUCCAAAUAAGGGAUCUGAAUGAAGAGGUUAAUUUUUUUAUCAUGCAUUAACAAAAUAAAAUAUGAAUGUCAUACCACAGCCAUUUCUUUGUAUUAGGUUAUCAUAAUGUACAGGUACUGGUGGAAUGGACCUACUGUGCUAAAUAUGUUAUGGACAUAGAUAUAUAUAUUUCUGGUAAUCUAACGUUUCUGAUUUGUAGCUUUAGUCAGAGAAUAGGAUUUUGGAGGGACAGAGAAUGUCUAACAGUAAUACUGUUGAUAUACAUUUGAGAAAUACUAUCACUUCUGUAUGGGUGUGCGUUUGUACUAUAUGGCAGGCUCUGCGCAUUUAAUGUCUAUGAUAUUCUUUAACCGUCAUCACCACCUUGCAAGGUAGGUAUUAACAUCCACAUUUUUUCAGAUGUGGAAACUAAGUCUGAGCAAGUUUUUAAAUGGUCUCUAAGUUCACACAGUUGCAAGCAGUACUCAGUGACGGAGGCUGAAUGCAAACACAGGUUUAAUGCUAAAUCCCAUGUUACUCCCCUCAGCCUUUCCCCAUUUAAGGACCUUACAUUGAGGGUUUAUUCUGAGCCAGGCUCUGUGCUAAGACUUUCUGCCAUUUGUCCUUAUUGGCCUGUGAAGUCGAUAUGGUCAUUAUCUCCACAAAUGAGGAAACUGACUCGUAAAGUGGUUAGUCAUAUGCCCAAGGCCACAAAACUAAUGAAGUGGGAAACCUUACCACUGGCUUUAAAAAAUUUAUAGCAUCUUUAAAAGAUGAGUCUUAACUGCUUUCUGUCCUCAGGUAUUCAUUAAGUGACAAAAGAAGAAGGAACGCCUUUCCAGAAAUGGCAUCUUCUUCUUGCCUGCUUUACCCAUUAUCUUGGACCCUGGCAUAAUAGAACUUCCCUUUAGCCAACCUAAGCACCAGAGCAGCAUCCCUCUGUGUCUAUUGCACACAACCUCCUCUUGCCCGUGAGGAAGGAAGGAAAGAAGGGAGGGAGGAUUUCCUUCUUUGGUUCCCAUCACCCUAGGUUUAAAGGCCAAAUUCCAGGGAAUCUCUUAAGGCCAUAAGAGAUUUCCCUUAGUUAUUCCUCCAGCCCACCCCUUAUAUCUUUACACAGCAAUUAAAAUGACUACACCUGCUUCCCCGGGGGCCCUAUCUCACUCCCUCCAGCCUUUGCACAUGUACUUUCUUCUUUGUGGAAAGAAGAACAUUCUGUCUUACUGUUGCCUGGAAAACUCUUUCUUCAUAUAAAUUCCCUUUAGAAAUUAUCUCCUCUGAGAAGCCUGCACCAGCUCCCCAGUUCUAGGAUUGAUGCCUCUUUUCUAAAUUCCCAUGGAUCCUGAAGUCCUCCCCGUGCCCCGUUAGAGCACUGAUGACAUUUACUUUGAAAUUUCCCUGUUACUGUCUAUUUGCUUAAGUAGACUCUAAGUAUCUUCAGAGCAGGGGCUGUCUUACUAUCCAGGGUAUUCUCUUCACCUAGCACAAUUCCUGCCACAGAGCAGUGUGUCAGCUCUCCAUUGUUGUCUAAAAACCCACCUCAAGGGUGGGGCACAGUGGCUGGUGCCUGUAAUCCUAGCACUUUGGGAGGCCAAGGCAGGCAGAUCACUUGUGGCCAGGAGUUCAAGACCAGCCUGGCCAACAUGAUGAAAUCCCAUCUCUAAUAAAAAACAGAAAAAUCAGCUGGGUGUGGUGGCGUGCACCUGUAAUCCCAGCUACUCGAGAGGCUGAGGUGGGAGAAUCACUUGAACCAAUGAGGUGGAAGCUGCUGUGAGCAGAGAUCAAGCCACUGUACUCCAGCCUGGGCAACAGAGAGAGACUCUGACUCAAAAAAUCAAUCAAUAAAUAAGUAAAUACAUAAAAAAGAAGAAAACCCAGUCAAGUGCAGUGGCUCAAGCUUGUAAUUCCAGUGCUUUGGGAGACCGAGGCAGGUGGAUCACUUGAGGUCAGGAGUUUGAGACUAGCCUGGCCAGCAUGAUGAUUUUCCAGGCAUUUAUGUUUAUGUUUUUGCUACAGAGAUGAAAGUAGUUUUUGUUUCUUCGUUAGCAUAUUAGCAUAGGAUGCACAAAUUGAAAGCCAUGUUCCCUGGUAGAAAGAAGUGCUAUUGCCUUUUGGAUUGAUUCUAUUGUCUGAUGUGUUAUCAAUCUUUGUUAAAUAAUUGUGUAAAUUAAUAUAGAGACUAGUUGAGAAAUGGUGGAUAACAUGAAGAAGAUACCCAUCUUUGCAUAGAUUAGAUGUGAUCAGCUUCACACUAUCAUAUAAAAGGUGGCUGCAUUGGAGAGACAGGAAUUAAUAUUAAAAAUGAUUUCAGUUCAGAUCUAUAUCUUACAUUUCCAAAUACUCUUUUCUUUCAAAUAUGGGGUAUAAGUAAUCUGCUUUAAGUCCUAUUUUAGGCUGGGUGCAGUGGCUCAUACCUGUAAUGCCAGCAUUUUGGGAGGCUGAGAUGGUAGGAUUACUUAAGCCCUGGAAUUUGAGACCAGCCUAGGCAGCACAGUGAAACUCCCAUCUUUACAGAAAAUAAAAAAUUAGCCAGGCGUGAUGGCACACACCUGUAGUCCUAGCUACUUAGAGGCUGAGAAGGGAGGAUAGCUUGAGCCUGGGAGGUUGAAGCUGCAGUGAGCUGUGAUUACACCACUGCACUCCAGCUUAGAAAAUAGAGCAAGACACUAUUGCAAAAAAAUUAAAAGACCUGUUUUAAACUGGUGAUAUUAGCUAUUCUCUCCUGUUGACUAUUAAUCUUGUUUCAUUUUUUAUAAAUAAUAAGAACGACUAGGGAGGCCGAGGCAGGUGGAUCACGAGGUCAAGAGAUUGAGACCAUCUGGUCAACAUGGUGAAACCCCAUCUCUACUAAAAAAUACAAAAAAUUAGCUGUGCAUAGUGGCGCGUGCCUGUAAUCCCAGCUACUCAGGAGGCUGAGGCAGGAGAAUUGCCUGAACCCAGGAGGCGGAGGUUGCGGUGAGCCAAGAUCGCGCCAUUGCACUCCAGCCUGGGUAACAAGAGCAAAACUCCAUCUCAAAAAAAAAAAAGAAUGACUAAAACACUUCCAUUUUGCUAGUUGGCUGAAAUCUAUUGAUGUAAUUGACCAUGGUUUUACUCACUUAAGGCAGAAUUUCAGAUGUGACAUGUUUUUCUUCAGUUCAGUACCAAAAGGACAAAUCUGCCAUGUACCGAAAUGAAAUUUGUCAUCAAAGACAGCAUAUGGUAUUGUCAAAUGCAUUAAUAAACAAUAAAGAUACUUAGUAUAUAUCUUUAUUUUUAAAUUAGGUUGAAAUUUACUUCUCUUAUGAAUAUUUAUGCCAUAAUACUUAAAAUUAUUGUAUGAAAACACAGAUGUAUAGCAUGAAAAUAAAUGUGACAUUUUUUAAAACAAUGACUUUAGGGUUUCAGCUUUUCCUGUCUUUUAAAACAAAUUAGCCAUUUUUUAUCCUAAGAAAGGAUUGUGUUAUAAAGCUGACCUUCUACUCGCUUAUCAGAAAAAACACCUGGGUCUCAUAUCUGAUUCUCCUAUGUAGCCAAAAGUACCAUUUGUAAGUGUACCUAAUGAUGGAUAUUUUCUGAAGUUCUUUUGCCUGGAAAACAAAUAGUGCAUUAAAAAGCUUUAUUUGGUA